CUAAAGGCAUUUGUCAAAGUCACAAAAAAAUUGUUAACUUCUCUCUCUUUUACUUGCAGUGAAAAAUUUCAGGACUAUCAAAUAUAUUAUCAAGUAAACUAAUUUACUAAAAUUCUAUAGAUAAUAUCUAAAUCUGAAAUAUUUUAUACUGUGUAGUAAAUGGUGACUUUCGAAAACGUUAACUAAUAUUAAUAUCGAUAGUGCGCGCCGGUGAAAUUGUGAUCAUGGCGAAUCCGUCAUCAGGCGUUGUGGUGCCACGGAACUUUCGUCUUUUAGAAGAACUUGAACAAGGCCAAAAGGGAGUUGGUGAUGGUACCAUAUCUUGGGGCCUUGAAAGCGAUGAUGACAUGACGUUGACUCACUGGACGGGCAUGAUAAUUGGCCCGCCAAGGACUCCAUAUGAAAAUAGAAUGUACUCUCUUAAAAUUGAAUGUGGCACUCGGUACCCUGAUGAACCUCCUACUGCUAGAUUUAUUUCUAGAAUCAACAUGAACUGUGUCAACAGUCAGACUGGACUUGUGGAUAAUCGACAAGUCCCAAUACUUGCAAGAUGGCAAAGAGAUUACACUAUAAAAACUGUUUUACAAGAACUAAGACGUCUCAUGACACUUAAAGAAAACAUGAAGUUAUCCCAACCCCCAGAAGGAAGUACCUUCUAGUUCCUCUAUCACUGAAAAUAUGUCUUGAUAGACCCAAUCUACUUUAUUCACCUUGGGAAGAUACAAUUUAUUUAUCAAUUAUUUGUGUAUGACAGUUUCAUUUUUCAUUGUAGUCUUAAUUUAAGUGAUGCUAUGCUUUUAUGUAUCUUCAUACUAUAGGUAUAUUUAUAUCUUCAUGCUAUUUAUUAUCUUUCUAGAACAGGCAGAGGGAAUAGGUACAUGCUGCAUUUAAUUUAAAUGUAAAUGCUAUUUUGUACAUGAAGCUUAUUGUCACGAAUUUAUCUCAGUUGUGGAUUGGGCAAAUAAUUAUGUAUUUUAUAAGAACUUCCUAAAACAGUUCAUAAUUACCAACUUAGAGGGUAAUACCCAUUUAUUUAUCAUAUUACCUAAAUUAUUGUGGCCUUUGAAAAAUAAUGUUGCUUUUGGUAUUUUAAGGCUAGUUUUACCAAUGCAUGUUUUUAGGAACAACUUAAUAUUUUAAUAUAUAGAUUAAUACAGGUGUGGAGUGGUCUGCUACCAUAUAUCUUUUGUUGUUUCUAAAUACAAGCAUAUUAUUUUUAAAAUCUUUUAUCUCAUUCCUACUGUAUCUAAAAUUAAAGUUCAAAUACUUAUUUUCCUUAUAAUAUAACAUGAUCAAGUGUAAAGUAUUUUAGGAAAUUUUUAUUUCUUAGGCACAUAAGAUAAAGUAUUACUGGUUCAAUAUACAGUUUGGCAUCACUUGCCCUUAUUAACAAUUUUGUCACAAGAACAAUAAGCAUAUAAUGCAAUGUUUAAUGAAGUCCACCAUAAUAUUUUGUACUAUAAUUCCUUUGACACAUUUACAACUGUUAGCCUUCAGCUCCCAUAUAAUAAUAUGCUUGAAUUUAUUGUUACAAACCAAAAUGCUAAGUCAUUGUUUCAUAGCAUUAAUAUUUUUACCAAUGUAUAACUAGCAAAGGUAAAUAAAUCAAAUACUGUCA